AUGGGCGCCGACCCGCCCCCUUCCCGCGGCGGCGGCGACGCCGCCGACGCGUCCACGUCAUCGCGCGCCGCCUCCGCGUCGUCGUCGUCGUCGUCGUCGUCGUCCUUCUUCUCGUCCACCGCGAUCGCGGGCGGCGUCUCCGGCGUCGCCGCGCGCGCGGUCACGCACCCGUUCGACACGGUCAAGACGCGGAUGCAACUUCGCGGCGUCGCGCUCGCGUCGCACCGCCACGCCUCCGCGCUCGCGGCGAUCGCCUCCAUCGCGCGUCUCGAGGGAAUCCCCGGGUUCUAUCGCGGCUUCGGCGCGGUGCUGACCGGCGUCCCGUUCGCGUCGAGCGCGUACUUCGUCGGCUACGAGGCGGCUCGCGCGAUCGCGCCUCCGUCGCUCGUCGGCGCGACGCCCUCGUACGCGCUCGCGGGGAUGGCCGCGCAGGCGCUCGCGUCCGUGGUGUACACGCCCGUGGACGUCGUGAAGGAGAGGCUUCAGGCGCGGGAGGCGCUGGGGAGCGCGGGCGCGGGGGCGAGCUACCGCGGAACCGCGGACGCGUACCGAACGAUCGUGAAGAAUGAGGGCGUGACGCGAGGGCUGUUCCGAGGGUACUGGGCGUCGAACCUGACGUGGUGGCCGUUCAGCGUCGUGUAUUUCGUGUGCUACGAGCACGGGAGAGACGCGCUGUGUGGGGUGCUGAACGGUGGGGGGGGUGGGGGGGGGGGUAACGGUCGAGAUGGAGGCGUUAUCGUCACGAAAGAGACGCUGUCGCCGGCGACGAGCGGCGGCGUCGGGAUGAUCGCCGCCGCCGUAGCGACGGCGGCGACGAACCCGCUCGACACGGCGAAGACGCGUCUGCAGGUGAUGGCCGCGAGCAGCUGUGGGGGUAACGCUCCGGCAGAGAACGUUUUCAGCGUCAUGGCAAAAAUAGCGAGGAAGGAAGGGCCCAGGGCGCUGAUGAACGGCGCCACCGCGAGGGUCGCCGCCGUCGCCCCGGGCAGCGCGAUCUCAUUCUUCGUCUACGAAACCGCGAAAGGAUGGCUGCAGACGUAGGUAUCAUAGGUAUCAUAGCUUAGACGCUUCAUAGACGCUUAGAUAAGGUU